GCUCUCUCGCCGUGCAAAGCCUUUCCGAUCAUCGGACCGCCGAUCUCCGUUCUUCGACUCGAGCGCGAUCGUGGGUUCGUCGCUUUGCGUCUCCUCAGGUUUGCUUGCUCGCUUGCCUCUUUCGACGCCUCUCGCCCUGCGGUUUUAAGCGAAGUAGCGAGGAAGGUUUCCGCUAGUGGGUUUUAUCAUCUUCUUUCGAGGAUGGCGACCUCCCGCUUGCCGUCGGAGGUUUUCUGUAAGGUGGGUUUCCGCCGGUGACGACGAGGGCCGUCGGGCCCGCGUUCGGUACUCGUUCGCGGGGAUUGUUGGGUUUCUUGAUCCUGAAGGAAUCGGGUUUUCUUCCGCCUGAAAGGAUCGGGGAUUUGUUAUGUUGAUUUUGAGGGGCUGUGACGGGGAUGGCGAGUUUGGAAAUUGGGUUUCAUGACUGGAAGUUUUCAUGUGAAGAGCUUGGACAAUGCGACGUUGUUGUACCAUUGAGUCAUUCGUGUUCUAGGUUUUUCAGUUUAUCCUGUUUCUGGGUGAUUUUGAUCUGGUUGGAACUGAAAGAGAUGUGGAUCAUGGAUCAAGAUGGUUAUGCGUUCUCUUAUAGGUCGAUUGUUCUCUAUUCUGUCGGUAUUGUUAUUGAUGGAGGAAGUGACAUGCUUAUCGUUGGUCAUAGAGGAAGUGACAUGCUUGGGAUUGCUGGCUACAACGAACCUUGGUUUUUCUGCAAUGGAUAUUCUUGCAAGAACGAGUUCUGGUGCUUUCAGUUGACUUUGGAUAGGUUAUUCGGUUCAGGGAUUGAUUGUCUGUGUUUCUGUAUAAUAGCAUGGAUAUUAAGACAGCAAGGAGUACUGUGGGUUGGACACAGAAAUCAGCUGCUCACUAUAAUCGGCUUCAAACAGCACCAACAAGCCCUGGAAUUUGCACUUUCUGGUUAGAAGGGAGGUGCAAGCGGAAUCCCUGCAGGUUUUUGCACGAGGCAUCUCUUCCACGCAAUGUUUACCAUCGAGCUGCAAAGCUAUCAAUGCCUGAGGAUGGCCCUGGGAAGGGUCCUGAAUCUAGUGUGGUGAAUUCAGCGAAUUCAUCUUCUAGAAAGGGAGGCGAUUCAUCAAUAGAAAAAAACCCUCCAACGCCCCAAGAAAAAGUCUGCCGCUACUGGAUAUCAGGCAAUUGUGUGAAGGGCGAUGCAUGUUCUUUCUUGCAUUCAUGGUUUCAAGGUGUUGAUUUUGCCAUGCUGGCUAAGCUUGAGGGGCAUAAAAAGGGUGUUUCUGGAAUAGCACUUCCUUCUGGAUCUACCAUGCUCUACUCUGGAAGCAAAGAUGGAACAGUACGAAUCUGGGACUGUCACACUGGUCAAUGUGUUCAAGUGAUCAACCUCAGGGGAGAAGUUGGGUGUUUCACUUGUGAAGGUCCUUGGUUGUUUGUCGGCAUGCCUAACACAGCAUGGAAUAUCCAGAAUGGUGCUAGUUACAAUAUCAGUGGACUAGUUGGACAGGUCCACACUAUGGAAGUUGGUAAUAACAUGCUUUUUGCCGGAGCUGAGGAUGGCACUAUCUUGGUGUGGAAAGGAGGUAGUGAGGCUGAUCCUUUUCAGAUGACUGCGCCUCUCAGGGGUCACACUCGGGGCGUGGUAUCAUUAACUGUUGGACGUGACCGGUUGUAUUCAGGUUCCAUUGACCAGACCAUAAGGGUGUGGGACUUGCACACUCUGGAGUGUGUUCAGGAACUUGUUGGACACACUGAUGUGGUGAUGUCACUUCUUUGCUGGGACCAGUACUUGAUAUCAUGUUCAUUGGAUCAGACAGUUAAGGUCUGGGGGGCCACUGAAGGAGGCAGCUUGGAAGUUGUGUAUGCACAUCAUGAGGACCAUGGUAUUCUUGCACUUUCAGGGAUGAGUGAUGGCGGGGGCAAGCCAGUCCUCCUUUGUGCAUGCAUCGACAACACUGUUUGCUUGUAUGAGCUCCCAUCGUUCACUGAAAGGGGCAAGCUAUUCUCAAGACGAGAAAUUAGGACUCUUCAAGCAGCUCCCGGAGGCCUUUUUUUCACAGGAGAUGCCGCAGGGAUGCUGACCGUUUGGAACUGGUUGGAUUUCCCGAAGAGCCAACAGCAGCUUCCUCAUUCAAUGGAGUCAUGCUAA